UGCAUAGAUGCUUAUUUUGUAGUAUGGUUUAUUCUAUGGUUGUAGUUGUAAUAAAAAAUUUCGUAUGACGUUUGAGGUUUACUUAACCUAAAAUUGUUUUUAAUUUGAAAAAGUGGAUGAAGUUUUGAAAUUAUAAAGUGUUGUUAAACUGUGGGAGUUAAUAACAGUGUUGUAUUAAAAACUAUUAGCUAUGUUCAAAAGGCCUCAACCCGGUGAAACUGAAGAGGAUAUCUUAAGACAACAAGAAGAAUUUUUGCGGAGUAAAGCAGAGACAAGCAACUUACCUCCCGCUGCAACUAUUGUAAAAGUAAAUUCAGGUAAUCAAAAUGAUCAUGGAAUGGACCAGAGUGAGGUACAAAUGGAUACAAGUACUACUCUGCAGGAACAGAUAGAUAACACAUUUGAAAUGAUCCCAAGUCAAAUAAAUAUUGGACAAAUUGUGGAAAAAUCGAGCAAUACAUGUGAGAAACCUACGCUUGUUAUUUUUCCUAAACAUGCAGGUUUUCCUCAAGCUGCCAGAAGAAAAGAGAAUUUACUGGCUAAAGGUCAUAAAGGUAGCAUUUUCUCACAACAAAUCAAAAGAAUGAAAAGCAAUGAAAUAAGAAUUGAGACUGAAGGUGAAUCUCCUUCAUGUAGUAGUUCACCUGUAGAUGUAGAAAGGAAAUUAGAAAUUACCGAAAACAAACAGUCUGACUCAAUUCCAACCUCAUUUGUGGUUGAUGAAGACCUUCCAUGCAGAAGUUACAUUCUAACAGGAAAAGAUAAAGAAGAAAUUCAUAGGGAAAACAUGGAAGUUUUACAUAAAAUGACUGAGCAUCAAAUUUUGGAAGAAAGAGAAAAACUCUUAUCCACAAUGGAUCCUGCUAUUGUGGCAUUUUUAAAGUCCAAACGAUGCCAUCAAGAAUUUAAAAUACAUGAGGACAGAACACCGACAGUUUCUGAAAAGAAUAAAGCUGCUGAAGAAGUUAAUGUUGAAGAUAUUGAAACGACUGCCGAAAUUGUAGGCCAUUACAAAUCAGACAGCUGGUUACACUUUGAUACAAUUGAAGCAAAUAAAUUGGCUUGGAUGAAAUCUGUUGAUAUUCCAAAAAUAAAAAAAAAUGAUCCUUAUGAAGCACGGUUUGAUUUUGAUGGUUGGCUUUUGCCAUUCUCGGUUCCUGAUAUUGACGAAAAAAAUCGAAUUUUAUACCAUCAUGGUGAUGAACCUGGUCGACCCGGUUACACUUUACAGGAAUUAUUUCAACUUUGUAGAUCAAGUGUUAUCCAGCAAAAAAUUCUCGCUCUCAACACAAUCGCAAACCUUUUGUCUCUUUAUCAGUCAGGUGUCUAUAGGGAUAUUUUAGAGUUGCCCAUAGAACAGAUUUUUUUCGUGGUUCGCUUUUGCCUUGACGAUAACACACCAUCGAUUUUGAAUUCUUGCGUAAAGGCGAUGAGAAAUCUGUUUUAUUAUGUAGUAGACGAAAUUUGCGUGGAUAAUUUAUUGACUUUUGGUCUUGAAAUUGUUCAACCAAUAUUGGCUGUUGACCCUAAAGAAACUGAGGAUGACAAGACUGUUAAUGAUCAACAGCUGGCCGAAACUAAUUUGGUCAAAUGUUUGGUAAGAACUGAAAUUUUAACAAGAAUAAGGUACAUAAUAAACGUUGUUAAACCUCCGCUGGAGACUAUAGUUUACUGUUUAGAAAUCCUGAUAAGGCUGGCUAGAGAUUCUUUUUUUAUAGCUAAAGAAGUUUUUUAUUAUGAUAAUUUAAUGAAAAGUAUUUUAAAUUAUUUCAUGCCUGUUGUAACGUCAUCAUUUUCCAUAUCUAAUACGUAUGGUACACCUCUUGUACAAGCCAUUAAAUUGGUACGAAUAUUGUCUUCCAGAAGUUCAAAGUUUGCAAGUAACUUUGUGAACAAAUAUAAAAUUAUGGAUUCCCUAGUGUCUUAUUUGUCGAGUGAAGAUUUUUCAAUGAACAGUAACGGUUUAAAAUUGCAGAUUGAAUCGUUGCAUUUGUGGUCAGUUUUUGUUCAUUUUGAAUUAGCUUUGGAUCACUUCAAAGUGUUGCAGCCCAUUUUGCUAAGAAUGUUAGACUUCCAUGUUCGCAAUACUAGUGCUGUUUUUUAUACUUCUUACGUAGUCCAAAGUCAUAUUUCUGCUCUCCUGAAUCUAAUUUCUAACGUUUCGAAAAAAGAUUAUGUUUGUAUACUUCCGUACAUCUCGUUAUUAAUAGAUCCGGCCAUGUUCAAAUGGACUGCCCAAUUUGGAUCUCAGAGCGAAUAUUCGUGUGGAAAACUUCAAAUUGUUUCAUCUCUUCUCCACUGCUUUGCGAAUUUAUUCAGAUAUAAACCCACGAAUGUUAAUUUGCCCGUGGAUGAAGUUGAAACCGCUAUUCAAAAUAUGAUCACGUCAGAAGGAUUCGAUGUGGUCACAAAACAUAUUGAAUUUAGUUCCAAUUUGUUAAGUACAAAAGAACCUCAGAGAUCUAGUGCUAACUUAAAAACACUGGAAGCCGCAAUUUUUGAUGCAACAGAUCAUAUAGUUCCAGUUCUUCAACGAAGAAGCUGUAUUCCUUUCCUGACCUCUCUGUCCGAAUUUAUAGAUUCGUGUGAAUGCAACAAGACUAGAUUUGUCUUCCUUCAUCACAAAAACAUACUUCGUUACUUGAACCUUCUUCAAAAAGCUGAUAAAUUUAAACUGAGCGAAAAUUGGUUUACAAGAAUCGAAAGUCAACUAAUUUUGAAUAUUUUAAAAGCUGCUGUGUCAAUUCAAAAAGAGAUCGAUACUCAAAUAUUUUUUGAGGUCGCUGUUAAAUGUCUGUCGACAUUCAAUUCUGAACAGAAACAGGACAUUGAGUUCAUCCUGUUUAAUAUCAUUUUCAGUCCGCGAUUUUAUCCUAGCGAAGUGCUGAUGCAAAAUUUAGGAGUCAGCGACCAAACAAGUUUCUUGAAGGUAGCCCUUGAUAACGUAAACGAUAUUUUUGAAACCUACGCAUACACUUUGGGCCUUAAAAAAGAUCUCUGUGAUUUUACAACUAAUUUAUGCGUUGAUUCAAGCAUAGGAAACAUAAUUCCAGUUGAUUGGGUUUACAGUCCUAUAAUUAUGUUCUAUUCGAGUCAGCAGGAUAAAAAUACUCCUCUCCCAGAAGAACAGCAGUCGUUCUUUAUAAAAAAUUGCUUGAGAUGGUUAUGCACCUACGAAAUGUAUUUUCCCUCUUUGGCAAACAAUAUAAAUACGACGGACAGAUUUUGCAGAAUCGCUUGCGUUUUUCUUGGAAGUGAUGAUCUUUUUCUGGAUCAAGAAGUACAGACGUUGAUGAAACUGUGUCUUCAGAGUAUUUUGAACAGUAAUGAGAAGGAAAUAAAUUUUAAUAAGCCAAUUCAAGGUCUCACAAAUUUUCAAGAUUUUUAUACUCAAAUAUUAGAACAGUAUCAGGGAGUGAGUUAUGGAAAUAUUCUUUUUGGUAAUUUUAUUUUGCUGCCGCUGGCUCAAAAGCAAGAUAAAAAGUACAGGAAAAUUCUUUGGAGUGAAUAUGCAGGAAUUCUACAAAUAUUUAAUGUUACAGAGAGUGAGUGUUUAUAUCCAAUGGAAAUGUUUCUAGAACCGCUAGAAACCGAUCUGUCGCUUCUUCAAUGCUAUCGAAGGACUUUACAGUCGGGAAUGGUACGAAAAAACUCAGUUUUAUACACAAUCGCAUCUCAUCAUGUCAAAUCGCUUACUACUCAAAAUAAAAUUCGGCCUUUGUAAUUAUUUUGUUUUACUGAUAAAUAAUUAUAUCUUUAUAGUCGGUUAAGCAUUAAAAUAUGU